GAUCAACUGCACUCAUCGCGAUUCGGGAAGAAGUGUUUCUAGGAAACAUUUUUGUGAGUUUAUCAUUGUCCAAGCAUCCUUUGCAUAGUGCCCGAUUCCGCAAGCGAAAUUCUUCGGGUCUAGAAUAGGAGAACACCUGCCUCGCGAGGAAGACGACGGAAUCGCUCCAUCCUCAAUACUGCAAUCCUCGCUCUCCAGACAUUUCAAUCAUUUACGAUGUUAUCGUUCGAAAUAGUGGCAGCGACUUUGAUGUCUGCCGUUCUGGCAGUCAGUGCGAUUUCCAUUACGGGCAGCGAGAGUACAAUCUCUACUAGCCCUGCCACGCAACUAACAGGGAGCGUAUCACCGCGGUAUAAUGAAGCGAUCGAUAGCACGCCUCUGGCUUCCACAGUGGCUCCACAAGCGCAUCAAGCUCUGAAACCCAGCGGUGGCGAUAUGCCUGAACCAUCCAGCUCAUUGUCGGUCGCGGUUUACGCGGCAGUUCUUAUAACUAUAGCCGCCAUGGCCUACCUGGUCGUGAAAAAUUUCAGAAUGCGAUACGACGUGGUACGGGCAGAUCGCUACGGCUUGAAGAUCCGCCGUGGCCGAAGAGAUCAAGAGGUGCAGCCAUUGGCUCGAGAUGACGAGGACGAGGAAAUUUUGUUCGAUGUCCGAGGGAAUCUCAGAUGAAUGGCUGCACUCGUUCUUCUCUGACGUCAUCGCGCGUCCUGUAUAUAUUUUUUUCAUCGAAAUCGCAGUUUUUCUAACAGAGUGCCUUCCACAAGUCGAGAAUACCGUUCUCCCGAUUCCGAAGUGGGAACCUUCCGCCAAAGUAUAUUGGGUGCCAUCUACACUAUUUUUCUCUAAGAAAGAGAAUGUCCCGUAGCUAUUCCGCCAAAGUGAUCCCGAUCCCGAUCCGCGAGUUCCGGGCUCGGCAAUGAGAAAUAAUUGUGAAGUCACUCCGAGCCGCGCGGCCGCAGCGAGGAAAAAGAUUCCUUGUCAUUGUUAAGAAUUUGCCACGGGGGACUUUUUCAUUUACACCAACCAUCCUCACGAGUCCUCGACGUGGGAUACGUCCUGUACCUAGCGGUCAAUCACAUGCACCUAUGAAGAAAAAAGAGAUCGCACAAUGCUUCAGAGUCGUGAAAA